AGUCGCAAGAGCAAGAAGUCGCAUCAUUCAGACAAGGACGAUCUGUCACCUCGCCAUCAGCAUAAACCGAGUGGUGAGGUGAAGCCUCAUCUGCAUAAGGAGACCAAGGCCGACCCGAAUGCUGCGAUAAGUGAAGCUCAGCCCGUCGCUACUGCCCUUGAGGCGCCCACCAUGGCACCUUUACGCUCGCUUACACACAAAGACGACAAGGGAAACCCUAUAACUGAUCCUGAUUUUUCGAAUCCGACACGCUACCGGUGGGAGCGCCCGCUCGAGACGAUCCGUCGUUUCCAGGAGGCAAUUGACCAAGACUAUAGACGGAGG